AGUGACUUCUUUUAUUUGCAGCGAUAAUGAUACCUACUGGAAUUCCACUGAUGUGCUUGAUUCGCCGCUCAUAAGUGUGAACAAAUCUUUUUAUAUGUUUUCUCGGCAAUGAAAUUGAUUGUUGAUGCGUCAAUGCAGACGUGGGGACCAUAUGUCUAAAUUAUGGCGAGACGAGCGAGCGAAAGCCGGUUUUUCGAAAAUCGAUUGCGAGAAUAUUCCACGCGAAACGAAGAUAAUGUUCUGAGAGAUGGAACCCUGACUCCUCAAGUGCUGAACGAAAUUCACCAGCUCGGAUCUCAAUUUAUGGCCGAAUGGCAGCAGAAAUCUGCGAGCGGACAUGGGCUGGAAGGUGAAUGCGUUUACACUGGCAUUGGUGGAGCCGCUUUGCUUCACUAUUUUUUGUUCAUGAAAAACAAGGAUCCAACCGCACUGGACAAAGCCGUAGCAGCUGUGAAUGUCUGCUUGCCGCAUUUGAAGUUUAAAGAUCCGUCCUUUCUUUGCGGGGAUGCCGGGGUUCUGGCAGUUGGUGCAGCUGCGUAUUGCAAAAGCGGGAAUCUGGAAAUGGCCGACAAACUGUACAAGCAGUUGGAAUCAUUUUCCGGAAUCGUUCUCAGCCCGGAUUCCAAAGUCCCCGAUGAGCUUCUUUACGGGCGUGCGGGAUUUCUCUACUCGUUGCUCUUUCUUAAGAAAGAAUGUCCCGGGGAAAUCACUGUGAGUGAUGCCUUGAUAAGGGAAACUUGUGGAGCGAUCAUCAAGUCCGGGGAAAACUGGAGCGCAAGGAUUCGAUUCCCUGCGCCAUUGUACUACGAAUGGUACAGUGAAGCAUAUCUGGGUGCUGCCCACGGAUUCGCAGGCAUUCUGUUCAUGCUCCUCAACGCUGUCAGUUAUCUAAACGCGGAAGAUCUUGAGAAAAAAGUCCGAGUGACAAUCGAUCAUUUACGGAAC